AUGAUAGAUCCUACCCUCUUCGAGAUAUCUCCGCCAGCUCAACCAUCCGAUGGGUUGGAUGAUCAACUACCACCACCACUCUUGCUUUCACCAGACAACGAUUCCAAUUCAAAGGCCUCAAAAAAAAGACAACUAGCUACGAAUACAUCAAAAAUCACCCCAAAGCCAUCUGGCACCACCCCCAAGCCAUCUGAAACCACACAAAAGACACCAGCAAUGACCUCAAAAACACCAGCGCUCAAUUCCAAAUCGCUCCAAGAAUCGGCCGCAUCUGAUGGGAACGCUCCACACACUUGGACUACGCUCGAGAGAUGUAAACUUCUGGAGUUGCUCUACGAUGAAAUGUCUGCUGGACAUGCAACCGAUAAUGGAAACUUGAAAAAGGAGGGUUGGACCGGUGUGAUGAACGGUCUAAAUGAUUACUUCAAGUUGAACCUCACUCGUGAUCAAAUCAAAAACCAGAAGAAUGCCAUCCGAUCACUCUUUUUCGACUACAAGUUCCUCUGUGAACAAUCGGGAUUUGGCUGGGACGAUGAAAAAUUCACUGUCACCGCCGAUCAAAGGACCUGGGACGAGCUCAUUCAAUCUCAUCCAAGAAGAAACUUUGGCAGGUUGAAAGACAAGCCCUUUCCACUCUACGAGCUUGCAGAACGCGUUUUUGUUGGAAACUUUGCGACAGGUGAUAGCGUUAAUAAACAUGUACCCCCAGAUGACGAUCCAGCUCAGGUAGUCACUAAUCCGGCUCCCACCUCUGCUUCCAAACCAACGGCUUCAACUUCGACCUCAAAAAAGCGAAAGGUGAAAAGCAAGAAGGAAGUUGUGGUGUCAAGUUCUUCCGACGACGACGAUAGCGAUGCUCAAGUUUCCAAGAAACCAAGCCGGUCAAAUCAGACGGAUUCCAACAAGCGUGUCCGGGAGACGAAAGGAACCGUUGUGACUAAUAGCAUUGAUGGGUUGAUCGGGGCCAUCAACCAUGCCAGUGACUCGAUUUCCAAUCUUCACGGUCAAUCCUCAACUUCCAAAGACGAUCGAUCAAAGAAGGAUCAACGGUCGGAAGCCUCCUCAUCUCACAAAUCACUCAAUGCGCAAGCGCUGAAAUGUCUCUCAGGAUACUUUCUGAACAAGGUUGACGACGAAAAAUACAUUCGCUACGUUUGGGUCCUUGAAGACAAAAAAAAAGCAACAACUUUCUUAUUGCUAGCUCAAACCUCCUCCCAAAAGAUUUGCCAGAUGUGGCUGGACAGCGAAGUCAACGGUCAUUAGUUGACAGUGACCAAGUUGGUUCUUUAGA